GCUCCCUACUUUCAAGGCACUCAUCUUCCGGUCCGUGUGGAUGACGUCAGCAGCAGUGACUGUGAAGUGAAGCACAGCCCAGACGCGUGUAGUACGCACCCCUCUCCACAUGCAGGGCUUCGCAGCUGCUUCCUCCACAGCUGAACAUUCGAGGGCCAUGCCAAUGGUGCCAUCAUGGAGUUUACGGCCGUCCUUCCUAGCUGAUCAGUGCUGUAGCCUUAAUAAGGGGGUACCUAUUUUCAUUGUUCAAACAAUGUUUUAUUAGUUGCUGUGUGGAGCCAACUUCUACACUAGCAUGUUGGGAGGAGAGUUCAAUGCUCUGCAGAGGUUAAGCGCUCAGAUUUCCUGAUAUAGUGUGGCACGCCUGUUGGGGAAACUUUUCUUAUUGUAUUGAAGGGUCAGGUGCUUUUUGUGUUAUCUGAGAGGGCACAUUUUCAGUCACGAGAGGUUGACUUCUGCUUUGGCCGCUGCGGCAGCGUUGACCUGUCGAGGAACCGUACUGUUGAAGGUGCAGCAUUUGUGGACCGGUCACAUUUUAUGUUCGCUUGACGACCUGUAUUCCCCCAGAAGGAGAAUGCGACAGUAGAGGCAAAGUUUGGGGAAGACAUUGGAGCCCAGAGUUGGUAAACUAGCUCCGGAAGUUGGUGAAUUAGCUCUGUUUAACGCUUUGGGCGGGGAAUCGUGUCUAAACGAAGCUAGUGAAUUCUUCAAUUUGGAGGGUUGAUCUCUGACAGGAGACUUAGAGAAGUUUUAGCGUGGGAAUCAACAACUACGCGUCGAAAAGUUUUUAGGUGUCAGCAUUGUGGCUGAUUCCUGAGGCAAAGGAUUUUCAGCAAGAAAGCCCGAACCGUCAAGAACCGAAAACAGGCGGCCACCAGGCCGCUUGACACUGGGCGGCUGUCGCAAUGGGCCAGUGCCUGAGCCACGAAGAUGCGGUGUCAGGCGUGACCGCCCAUGUCGCCAACCUGAAGAAGGCCCCCCAGGCGCUCCCCAUAAAUGUUGAGUUUGGGUACAAGCGCAACUUUGAAGCGCAUUAUGUGCGGGGGAAGGAACUGGGGCGGGGGCAAUUUGGAGUCACAUACGCCGCCAGGAAUUUGGAGACGCAGGAACAGGUGGCCGUGAAGAUGAUCCUCAAGAAGACGCUCACCACGCCUGUGGACGUAGAGGACACGAAGCGCGAGGUCCAGAUUCUAAGCCUUCUCAAGGGCCACGAGAAUGUGGUACAGUACAUCGACGCAUUUGAGGACGCGGAGCGGGUUUUCAUUGUCAUGGAGUUGUGCGAGGGGGGCGAGUUGCUCGACAGAAUACUGGCAAAGCGCGGCCGGCACUACAGUGAGAAGGAUGCCGCCAUGGUGGUGCGCCAGAUGCUGAACGUGGUGGCACGGUGUCACCUCUUUGGCGUUGUGCAUAGGGACUUGAAGCCUGAGAACUUUCUUUUCAAAUCGAAGGCGGAAGACGCGCCUCUCAAGGCCGUCGAUUUUGGGCUGUCCGAAUUUUACAAGCCGGGCAAAAAGUUCAGCAACGUGGUGGGAAGCGCCUACUACGUUGCCCCCGAGGUGCUCAAGCGCAAGUCGGGGCCGGAGGCGGACGUGUGGAGCGUCGGGGUCAUUACGUACAUUCUGCUGUGCGGGCGGCGACCCUUCUGGGACAGGACGGAAGACGGCAUCUUCAAGGAGGUGCUCAAGGGAAAGCCCGACUUCCGCGACCACCCGUGGCCGCAGGUGUCCCCGCUGGCCAUCCAGUUCGUCAAGAAGCUGCUCAAAAAGGACCCCAAGGCGCGCCUCACCGCCGCGCAGGCGCUCUCACAUCCGUGGGUGCGCGUGAACGGCAAGGCGAGCGACAUUCCGCUGGACAUCUCCGUGCUGAGCAAUCUGCGCUCCUUUGUGCGCUACAGCCGGCUCAAGCAGCUCGCCAUGCGGGCGCUGGCGACAACUUUGGAAGACGAUGAGUUGGUGGACUUGAAGGACCAAUUCGAAGCGAUCGAUCUAGAGCAGCGGGGGACCAUCACGAUAGAGGAGCUGAAAAAGGUGCUAGUGAAAAACAAGCCCUACAAGAUCCUUCAGCGGAAAGACUCCACACUGCUCGAUCGGCUUACGGGGUUGGACACGGAUAAGAACGGCGUGAUUGACUUCCGAGAGUUUGUGUCGGCGGCGAUGCAUGUUCACCAACUAGAGGAGGCGGACGCUAAAGCGUUCGAGCGGCGUGUGCGGAAAGCGUUCGAGUAUCUGGAUAAGGACCAAAACGGAUACCUGGAACCGGAAGAGAUCCGGAAGGAGCUGGGGAUAAAGGGGUCGGUCGAUGAUAUCUUCGAGGAGGGAGAUUUGGAUGCAGAUGGGAAGAUCAGCUAUGCCGAAUUUAAGAACAUUGUUGAGACGAUAAGCGCGACAGAGGGGAAUUGGUCAAGCCUACGGAGACCUUCGAUUUCGAAAGCCGAGUAAGGUGCUUUUGAGGCGCACCGGCUCAGCGUGUUGCUGUAGGUUGAAAUAAAGAACAAGCAUGUUGUGUCCGCGGCCUGCAAAUAUUACAUACAUAGAAUAAAGAGUAGACUUUUGAUGGUAGCUCAGUCGUUAUGGUCAUGUAAGGUAUAACUUGUUUCAACCUGUGCUAUAGAAGCCACCAUGCAUGUCCAUGGUGGAAAGCAAGGUACCCCAUUCCAAUCUAACUUAUUUAUAUACUCACAGAAACCGAC